AGUCAUGCGCUGUACGAAAUAUUCAGUGUACAAACAUCAGAGGAUGUCUCAUGAAAAUAUCACCAUUUAAAUGUCUUUUAUUUUAAAAAUAUAUUGUAUUAGUACCUGAUAUUUUUGUAAAUAAUACAGCCUUCCACCGUCUUUCACAGUAGUAACCGUAAAAACUCAGGGAGUGUAGGAAAAUGGGAGUAAAAGAAUGGUUUGUCUUGACUCUUGUAAUGUCACUGGGAGAUUUUCAUAAGUUAGAUGACUAUAUACAUCAUUAUGAACCAUUAAAUUAUGAUAUUGCUGGUUUUCAUAACAACCAUCAACGAGUUAAAAGGUCCCUUGAACCACAUCUUUACUUGAAGUUCAAAGCUUAUAAUAGGUUUUUUAAUCUCAAAUUGAAAAAAGAUGAGACUAUAUUUAGUGAUAAGCAUAUGCAUAGAGAUACAGAUGGUACAGAGUCCCCUAUAGAUACAUCCUUUAUAUACCAUGGUUCGUUACAAGAUAUGCCUUCCAGUUAUGCCCAUAUAGCUGUUAUAAAUGGUACUGCUCGUGGGUUUAUUAAUAUACCUGGCGAUACUACAUACCAUAUAGAUCCUGCUGCACAGUAUAUACAUAAUCCUUCAUAUCAUUCAGUUAUAUAUGCAGAAAAACAUAUGGACUUAGAUCCUUACAAACUUCGUAGAGAAGCAGAAAAAAUGGCAGGAUCAUGUGCACUGGAGCAAGCUAGAGAGUGGAUGACAAAAACAGUUGAAUCUGCUACAUAUAAACCUAAUAGAGCUAAACGGCAUGCAGAGAGUCGUCCACACGAUUUAUAUUCUAAAGAGAGUAAUAUAGGUGUUUUAAAACGGGUUAAACGUAAAAAUCUACUAGAUAAAAAUACAUGUUAUCUUUAUUUACGAUCUGAUCCCAUGAUGUGGAAGUAUGUAAAAGAACAGAAAUAUAAAUCUCAAACAUUAACGGAUGCUAGAGUUAAAGAAGAGAUUUUAGCAUUUUUUACUAGCCAUGUUGCUGCUAUAAAAGAUAUCUAUUCACGAACAUCAUUUUCAACGUAUGAUCAAAACAUAGUUUGGGAAGGUGUCAAUUUCUUAGUACAGCGAACAACAAUUAUGACAACUACUGGAGAAAAUUGUGGAGAUGCAAGCAAGAGAAGUGCAUUUUGUAAUGAAAACAUUGAUGUCAGUAAUUUCUUAAAUCUGAAUUCGCUGGAUAAGCAUGAUGAAUUCUGUUUGGCCUAUGUAUUUACAUAUAGAGAUUUUAUACAGGGAACUCUUGGAUUAGCUUGGGUUGGAUCAGAAACAAGAGCGGCAGGAGGUAUCUGUGAAAAGUAUAAAGAUUAUCCAGAAGGAAAUAGUAAAGUUGGUAAAAGUUUAAAUACAGGCAUUGUAACAAUUGUGAACUAUGGUAAACCAGUACCCUCUAGAGUCUCACAUCUUACAUUUGCUCAUGAAGUCGGACAUAAUUUUGGAUCACCUCAUGAUAGUGGUCCAGAGUGUGCACCAUAUGGAACAAAUAAUCCAGAUGCGUCUAAUGGAAACUAUAUAAUGUUUGCUAGUGCUACUAUGGGAGACAAAAAGAACAAUGAUUAUUUCUCUGUGUGCAGUAAAGAUAAUAUAACACGAGUCUUAGAUGCAGUACGCAAUGAAAGAUAUGGAAAAAUUAAUUGCUUUGAUAAAAGUAAUGCAGCAUUUUGUGGAAAUGGUCUUGUUGAACCUGGUGAACAAUGUGAUUGUGGUUAUGCCAAUGAUUGUGCAGAUGAGUGUUGUAUUGCUAAAGGUACCAACAAUAGUGCAACAGAAUGUCAAUUAAAAGAAGGCAAAGUCUGCAGUCCUACAGCCGGACCAUGUUGUAAUGAAUCAUGUCAUCAUAUAACCGAUGUUGUGUGUAGAAAUAAAGAUGACUGUACAUCUGAAUCAAAAUGCAAUGGUUUAUCUGAGAACUGUCCAGCUCCAACAAAAGAGCCCAACAAUACUCUCUGUAAUUCUUACUCUCAAGUUUGUUUAGAUGGGGAAUGCCGAGGUUCAGUAUGCUUGAAGAUAAAUUGGGAAGAAUGUUUCUUAACGGCUAGUGAGGAUGGAACUGGUCCAUCUAGAGAAGACUUAUGUUUUAUAGCGUGUAAAAAAAAAGGCACAGAAGAAUGUAUAAGUUCCAAGAACACAGAUGCAUUGUCAAAACCAGGAAAUGAAGAAUUUCUGGACUUAUUAAGUGAAAUAGAAAGUAAAAAUGCUGAGACUACUGGAAAAGCUGUACAAUUACCAGCAGGUUCUCCUUGUGAUAAUUUCCGGGGAUAUUGUGACGUCUUCCAUCGUUGUAGAGGUGUUGAUGCAGAGGGACCACUUGCCAGAUUAAAAAAUCUUAUAUUUAAUCCUCAAACAUUACAAACUAUAAAAGAAUGGAUAGAGGAAUAUUGGUGGGCUGUAUUGUUAAUGGCUAUAGGUUUAGUUGUAGUAAUGGGCGUUUUUAUUAAGAUUUGUGCAGUUCACACACCAAGUAGCAAUCCUAGAAAAUCGGCAGCUCGUAAACUUACAUUACCCAGACGACGUAAUCAAGGUGGAGGUCCGCAAGGAAAUAAACCAUCUCGGUCAGCAGCAUCAAAUCCACAGUUUGACCCUCCACCACCUUACACAGGUCCGUCCACAGGUGGUCCACCUCACGGUAAAGGACCCAGAUACAACAAUGGUGGAAAAAGAGGAAGGGGAGAUUUAGAGAUGCAAAACAUAUAAUAUAUAAUUAUAAACCUUGAACCUUUCUGCCUAGAGCAAACACUGAGAUAAAUUAAACACUUCUGUUCUAUUUUAUACAUUAUCUAAUCUAUGUUCAGCCACACAAGGCAGCCAUUUUAAUGUGUUCCACUAUGUUGAAUAUGAAUAACUCAAUUCUGUUUUUGUAAUUCUUUAUUUUAUAAAUAUAUAUAUCAGAAAAAGAUGAGAAACUUGUUAACUGACCUGUUUGUCAGUAUUGAAUAGAUUUAUAUUAUGUUUAAUCUAUUGUUGCAGUCACAAGAAAUCUUUUAAACAUUCAUAUUCAACAUAGUCCAUUUUUCACACAGAUCACUUAAUGAAACCCUUUAUGAGAGAAUCAGUAAAGAACUCUGUAAUUCUGCUAUUAUGGUUUGUUAGCUUAUAGUGAAGGGAUUUGUUUAUCUUGAAGUUCAAGUUAUUGCCAUAUCCAAACUGCCUGGUAAAGUACCAAACAUGAUUGUCUCACUUACUAUGAGCGCUCUACAAUACCAGAAUUUUUAUUAUGUUUUUCGGUAUCACAAAUACAACUUUGUUACUAGAGGAGUAAUCAUACUGCUGGUUGGUGAAUGAUGCACUUAGCAGACAUUGUAAUUCAAAUUAAUAUUUGAAUAAUGUUAUUGAUUUGAGAUUGCUGAAAAUGUGCUGGUCAAGAAAUUGGUAUAUGUUAAGGCUACUAAAAUUUGGAUUUUAUCUUUAGUUAAGAUUUAGGGAAACAGGGCCCAGUUGGUUUGGCAACAAAGGGCAGUAACUCUAAUGUGGUAGUGAUCAGUUGGAAAAGAAAUAUUCUUGGCAAUAAUUUGUUUUGAAAAAGUCUAUUUUUCUAUAUUGGUAUCAAGCUGGUUCUUGAAAAACUGUGAAAACUGUUACAAAAUUUUAAUUAGGAUUGGUUAGCUUUCUUUUUUUUCUGCUACUUUAAAUUUUGCAGAUAUCUUAAACUCUGUGACAGUGUUAUUUAUUAGAAAUACAUGUGUACAUACUUAAUUAAUGCUGAAAAAUCAUUAAUGAUUAUUAUCAAUUAAGAUAAAUUGAGAGUAGGGGAAUACAUUUUUGAAAAAUUAGGUUUAAUGAUUUUUGAAGAUUCUUUGCGUUUUUUUGUAUGUCGUUUUCCAUUUGAUUUAUUUUAAAUUAGAAAGAAAUAUUGCAUUAAAGUGCAGAAAGUGGUAAUAAAUUUUAUGUUAACUUGCAAAAACCGUAAAGUAUUAACAGCUAUAGUGAUGUGCAGAAGGAAAGAUUCAAAGUGUUUUGUUGAUCAUAUAAGAUUAUUUAUAAAUUGGACCCUAAUGUUAUAUAAUAAUGCCUUAUAUAUUUAUGUAUUUGUAGUAUGUCAAUAUUUAACCACAGAGAAUUUUUCCAUUUUUUUCAGGGGUCCAAUGUAAGUUUUCUUUGAAUCACCUUUGCUCAUUCCUAAUUCAUAUUUGUAUGGCCUUUACCAUAUAAUCAUACCUGCUGUUGUUUCAUAGAGCUAAUGUUUUAGAUGCUCAAGUUAAGAGGGCUCAGAAAUUGAUAUAUAAUGAUCUACGCUAAUUUUUUUGUCACUGGUUUUAGUAGGUGUUAAUUAAUUUUUUUCAUAUUUACACAUUAGUUCUGAGAAAUUUUACCUUGUAAAAAUAAUUGAAAAAAUAGAGGUAACCAACAUCAGGUUAUAUAUUUGAAUAGGUUACUCAAUGAUUAUUGUGAUAUUUUGUUCGUUUUAUUUUAAAGUCUCUUUUGAUUUGCAUUCGCCAUUCAUCAGCUUCAAGAUGUGUUCAUACUUUUCAUAACCAAUAUCAAUUACCCUUAAUGUUACAGAAGAUAUAAUUUAUGCUUACAGAUUAUUUUACCAAAUUUCAUUUGAAUUUCUUUGAACAAUUUUUUUUUUUCUUUUUAAAUAUGAAUUUUUAUACGCCCACAUUUUCAUGUGGACGUAUAUUGUUGUCGCUCUGGCUGUACGGACCUCUGGACGUCCACAAUUUGUGGAAACUCUACAGGUCACAAUUCUUAUCCGAUUUUGACGAAACUUGAAAUAUAAGUUUAUCUCCAAAAGAUCUUGGUUCCUUUCGAUAUUGGCAUGUAUUGGAUCGAAACUUCAUGCAUUAUGACCCAUGGGCCCUGACUACAAAAAAUCACGUUUUUAGCUUGUGGACACUCACUCCAUAGGUCACAAUUUUCAUCUGAUUUUGAUGGAACUUGAAAUGCGUGUUUAUAGCCCAAAGAUCUUGGUUCCUUUCGAUAAUUCCGCAUAUCGGAUUGUAACUUCCUGAGUCAUGGCCCUUGAUUGUACAAAAAAUUGAGUUUUUAGCUUGUGGUUCCUGUAGAGGUCACAAUUUUUAUCCGAUUAAAAAAAACAUUUGAAUAUAUCACUGUUACCACCCUGAUGAUGGUUGAGUUCGAAUUUUGUGAAAAUUGAAACAAAAUUGCCCGACCCUCUUACACAAAUAUUGUAAAUGUAUGGUAUGUCAAGUUUAUGGAGCCUCUGAAGGCCACAAUUUUGAUCCGAGUUUGAUGAAAGUUUAUAUCACAAAGAUCUUGGUUCCUUUCGAUAAUUGCAGAUAUCCGACUGUAACUUCCUGGAUUAUGACCCCUGAUUUUUCGAAAAGUAACAUUAUCUUGUGGACAAGCUAAAAGUUACAAUUUGUAUUCAAUUUUAAAAAAUGUUUAAAAUUCCGGUAUAUCAUGUUAAAAUGUAUUUUCGCAUUUUAGACCAUAACUUCUUGGAUUAUGGCCCCUGAUUGUACGAAAAAUCACAUAUUUUUAAAACUUGUUCUCUAUCCAUCUCUUGCAAAAUGUGGGCGUAUUUUGCCUGGCAACCACUGGUUACGUGUUUUUUUUAGCUUAUAAAUUCUAUUUAACCAUGAUAAAUUCUAUAUGUACAUAUCCGAUGUAAAUAUAAAAUUUCACCUAUAAUAUAAUGUAUUGGGAUGUAAAUUUAAUGUCAUACUAAUAUUAUCAACAAGUUUGUAUCAAAGAGUUAUUCUUAUUGAUUGUUGAUGUAAUAAAAUGAUAUGCCCUUUUUCCCCCCAUUCAAUUUGAUCUUGAACCUAUGGUACAUGUAUCAAACAGUCUAUAAAUAUGUGUUCUCUUGAGGACAGGUAGGUAAUCUAUUAAAUGUUAUAACAUACAUUUUAAAUGAAAAUGUGAAGUGUCUAAGGUCACAGAAAAAUGAAAUAAUUUUAGAAAAAGGGAUAAAUAACUCCUAAUAAAUAAAUUUGGAUAUAAUCUCAAAUAUGAAAGGAUCUUGUUUAAAACUUUUCUGGAAAAAUAUAUCAGUGUAUUUUCUUUCUUUUAACUUAUAAACUUCUGAGAUCGGAAAGUACUAUUUCUAGGUAAAACCAUAAAUAAAUAUUUGUAUCCCACAAUACAAACAAUUAAUAAGAAUAACUUUUUUAUUUAAUUUUAUUAUAUUACUUAGUAUCGUAACUUCCUUCAUAAUUAUAUUUAGUAUAUAAAAAUAUAUAUUCAUAAUUUUACUAUCCAAGAUUCACUACUUAAUAUUCUUAGACAGUGUCAUUAUUAUAUUUUUAUUACUCACUAAGAAAUCACUUCAAAUCUGUUGUAUUGAAUCUUGUUCCACUAAAAUAUUAUCUCAUGAUUUCCAUUAGAUAAAUAAUAUGGUAUAAUUUCUAUAUUACAAUUGAUAAUGUAUGUAAAUUUUCAUGAAAUAAAUAUUUGUAAAUAUAAAGUGAUUUCAAAACAGAACAAGAAAAAAUUUAUUGAAAAUUAUUGAUCAUUUUUAGAACAUGAUAUACUUUAAAUAAUUUACACACUUUUUCUCUAAUUGUUUUUGAAUGUAUAUGAAUUAUGUGUACUUUAUAAAGGAAAUUUUUUGAAGAUUUGAAAUGCAUGUUAUUUACAGUACAUAUGUAAUUAUAUCUAGAUAAUCAUACAAGUGGUCUAGUUACAUCAAUCAUAAAAUCUGUGUUCCAUUAUUUUUUUUUUAAAUGAUGAAUAAAUGUUUUAUACAUUA